AUGAAUGUGAAGAAGAAAAUCGAAGACAUUGGCAGGAUGACAGCUUUGUCACAGGAAGAAAUUCUGUUAAGUACGCGAAUGAUUAACAAUCUGGUGAGUAGUAUUCAAGGGCUGAACACCGAAGAGUCUGCUCUCAUUGAGGAAAAAACUCAUAUUGUGGAUCGAAACUUAGAAAUGUUGCGUCUGGGCAUGGAGGAAGCUCAGGUGAUGAUGUCAUUAGCUGGUCAUCUGCAGACUAUUGAAGCAGAAAAACAAAAGUUAAAAGCACAGGUACGAAGACUUUGUCAAGAAAAUGCAUGGCUCAGAGAUGAACUGAAUUCUACGCAACAAAAACUGCAACUUACUGGACAGGAAGUAGCACAGCUAGAAGAGGAGAAGAAGCAUUUAGAAUAUAUGAAUUCAAUUAAGAAAUAUGAUGACCAACAGGAAAGUGAUAGAGUCAUGGAACAGAGUGAUAGUCGGACCGAUAACACUCUACAAGACUUGGGAUUUGGUCCGGAAGAAGAUGAAGAAAUGAGUGGGCAAAUGGCUGCACAGUUUGCACAUCCAACGCCAGCUCAUUCGAUGGCAGCGAGUGCAUCUGCUGGUUAUGAGAUUCCAGCACGACUUCGAACUUUGCACAACUUGGUUAUACAAUAUGCAUCGCAAGGAAGAUAUGAAGUAGCUGUGCCGUUAUGCAAGCAAGCUUUGGAAGAUCUAGAAAAAACAAGUGGACAUGACCAUCCAGAUGUUGCAACAAUGCUUAAUAUUCUUGCACUUGUUUACCGGGAUCAAAACAAGUAUAAAGAGGCUGCUAAUUUAUUGAAUGAAGCAUUGCAUAUACGCGAAAAAUGUCUUGGUGAAAGUCAUCCUGCUGUUGCUGCAACUCUUAACAAUCUAGCAGUAUUGUAUGGUAAACGGGGAAAAUAUAAAGACGCUGAACCACUUUGUAAAAGAGCUCUGGAAAUCCGAGAAAAUGUACUUGGUGCAGACCACCCAGAUGUAGCAAAACAAUUAAAUAAUCUUGCUCUGCUUUGCCAAAAUCAGGGUAAAUAUGAAGAAGUUGAAAAGUAUUAUAAACGAGCACUCGAGAUUUAUGAGGCAAAAUUAGGUCCUGAUGAUCCAAAUGUAGCGAAAACAAAGAAUAAUUUGUCAUCAGCUUAUUUAAAGCAAGGAAAAUAUAAGGAUGCGGAAAUUCUAUACAAGCAAAUACUGACGCGUGCGCAUGAACGCGAGUUUGGCAAAAUUGCAGAUGAUAAUAAACCGAUAUGGCAGAUUGCAGAAGAUCGUGAAGAAAGCAAGCAUAAAGGAGCUGAUGCAGUUACAUAUCAAGAAUAUGGUGGAUGGCAUAAAGCUGCUAAAGUCGAUAGUCCAACUGUAACCACUACAUUAAAAAAUCUUGGAGCAUUGUAUAGACGUCAGGGAAAAUAUGAAGCAGCAGAAACUCUUGAAGAUGCAGCACUGCGAGCAAAAAAACAAUGCUUGGAUGCAGCUCAUCAGGCGAAAGUAGCUCGCUUGAUUGCCGAACAUGCAACUGGUUUAUCAUUACAUGGUGCGGGUGUUAAGCAUGAGCCACCUGUGUCUGGUCAUCAGUCGGCAUUAACAGCUACUAGUACGUAUGCAGAUGAUACGCUAAUGUCUACUGCUGCUCCCUCUCAAGCAAAUCGUGGUAUGACGCAAUCGCAAUCAUCAUCUGGCUUAAAAUCACGUUUGUUUAACGCACUCGGACUUCAACAGCAGCAACAAUCGCCACAGGCGUGA